AUGGUUACCACGGUUUCAACUCGCUCUAUCGCAUUAUUCUUUUCAAAUGAUGGAGUUAUCCGUGUCAAGGAUAUCCACAAUCAUAGUCAUGGUGAUGAGAAGGUUUUCGUACAAAUUGAUCCCAAGAAUAUCAAAGAAUUUCGAAACAUAUACAUCUGUAACGAUUCAAAAGACGACAAGAAAAAAGAGUCUACGUUUGAAGAAUACGCUGUGGAAUACACAAAAGAACUGAAUUAUAUAUAUCUUAAGAAUAAGAAAACCGAAGUGUACUAUUACGUUGCGACGACCAUGGAAUCUGUUUAUCUUUGCAGUAUAAAAAAUCACGAAAAUCCGGAUAAACGUGUAGAAAAAAUUGGAUGGUUUAAAUGGUUACGAAGGAUGUGUCGAAGUUCGGACAAUAUCAAGGUCUUAAAUUUGGAAAAAGAAAUAUAUGAUUUGGGAAUAUCUGAUGAAUGCCGUGUCGAGAAAUGUAGUAAAUUGCGUCGAGGGGUCAUCGAAAAAAUUCUUGAUAGUCUUAGUGGUCUUGGUAAGGGGGGUGAUGAAAUCAAUGAAGAAACUGAAAAAGAAGAUAAGGAUGAAUUCGAACGAAUGAAAAAUAUAAUCAAAGAAAAGUUGGAAGUAAUGAAAAUAGAAAAUCCUGAUGUGCUCGUUGACAUACUUGACACGGGAUUUCUUAACUAUGUUAUAUAUUAUCAUCGUCGUAAAAAAGCAGAACUAACGUGUAAAAAGAAUUACGCUAAUGUUUAG